UGAUUAAUCUGUCAAAGGCGAAUUGGUGUUUGGGAUGAGACCGCUCUAACAUGCAGCCGACUGGAACGAAGCCUACAGGCGAACACAAUUAAUGCACAAGAAUUAGAGAUCAAGCUGAUGCACCGCCAUAGCAGGUGGUGCUUGUAUAAUCGUCCGGGGUCUUGUCACUCGUCUUUGCUGCCUGGUCUGCGCGUCAUUUCAGCACUGGACAGCGACCGGCUCCAUCGGACACUGAAAUCACUGAGGAAUUCCUGAGGCGGGUCGGUCCGACCCUCGCUUGGCUCGGGGCAAUGCGCGGCUAGAUGACUUCACUACAUCAACAAGCACCGCGGUAUCCUGGACUAAUAUAGCAACGUCACACCCCAACCCCCUUCCUCUCUCUCCAUUUCCAUUCGCUGAAUCCGAGUCCACCCGUCUAAAGGCACCAUGGGAAACCGUGGCAUGGAGGAGCUGAUCCCGCUGGUCAACAAGCUGCAGGAUGCCUUCAGCUCCAUCGGUCAGGCUUGCAACCUGGACCUGCCGCAGAUCGCAGUGGUCGGCGGCCAGAGUGCAGGAAAGAGCUCAGUGCUGGAGAACUUUGUAGGCAGGGACUUUCUGCCUCGUGGAUCUGGUAUUGUCACCCGUAGGCCCCUGGUUCUGCAGCUUAUCAGUGCCACUGCAGAAUGGGCUGAAUUUCUCCAUUGCAAAGGGAAGAAGUUCACAGACUUCGAUGAGGUUCGCCAGGAGAUCGAGGGAGAGACGGACCGUGUCACGGGGGCCAACAAAGGCAUAUCUCCAAUCCCCAUCAACCUGCGGGUUUACUCCCCUCACGUGCUGAACCUGACUCUCAUUGACCUGCCGGGGAUCACCAAGGUGCCGGUUGGAGACCAGCCCGUGGACAUCGAGCAGCAGAUCAGGGACAUGAUCCUGCAGUUCAUCACCAAAGAGAGCUGCUUGAUCUUGGCCGUCACUCCGGCCAACACUGACCUGGCCAACUCUGACGCUCUUAAACUGGCGAAGGAUGUUGAUCCACAGGGUCUGAGGACUAUUGGAGUAAUUACCAAACUGGAUUUGAUGGAUGAGGGCACAGAUGCACGAGACAUACUGGAGAACAAGUUGCUGCCGCUGCGAAGAGGUUAUAUUGGAGUGGUGAAUCGCAGUCAGAAGGACAUCGAUGGGAGGAAAGAUAUCAAGGCAGCUCUGGAUGCGGAGAGGAAGUUCUUCUUGUCCCACGCAUCGUACAGGCACAUGGCUGAAAAAAUGGGCACCCCACGACUGCAAAGAGUGCUCAACGAGCAAUUGACCAACCACAUCCGGGACACCCUGCCAGCUUUCCGCAGCAAGCUGCAGUCCCAGCUGUUGGCUCUGGACAAGGAGGCCGAGGAAUACCGGGGAUACCGACCUGAUGACCCGUCCCGCAAAACCAAGCAGCUGUUGCAGAUGGUGCAGCAGUUCUCCGUGGACUUUGAGAAAAGGAUUGAGGGCUCAGGGGAUCAGGUUGACACAGUUGAGCUGUCUGGUGGAGCCAAAAUCAACCGCAUCUUCCACGAGCGUUUCCCCUUUGAGCUGGUUAAGAUGGAGUGUGAUGAGAAGGAAAUGCGUCGCGAGAUCAGUUAUGCCAUCAAGAACAUCCACGGUAUCAGGACGGGACUUUUCACCCCAGACAUGGCGUUUGAGGCCAUUGUGAAGAAGCAGGUCAUAAAGCUGAAGGGGCCCUGCGUCAAGUGUGUGGACAUGGUCAUCCAGGAACUGAUUAACACCGUACGCCAGUGCUCCAACAAGCUGGAAUGCUUCCCCAUGCUGCGCGAGGAAACUGAGAGAAUUGUGACUAGUCAUAUCCGAGACAGAGAGAGUCGGGCCAAAGACCAGGUUCUGCUGUUGAUAGACAUCCAGCUCUCUUACAUCAACACUAACCACGAAGACUUCAUUGGCUUUGCUAAUGCGCAGCAGAGGAGCAGUCAGACUAAUAAGAGCCAGAGUUCAGCAGGAAAUCAGGUCAUUCGCAAAGGCUGGCUGACCAUCAACAACAUCAGCAUCAUGAAGGGGGGAGCCAAAGAGUACUGGUUUGUGCUGACUGCCGAGAGCCUCUCCUGGUUCAAGGAUGACGAGGAGAAAGAGAAGAAGUACAUGCUCCCUCUGGACAACCUAAAAGUCCGCGAUGUGGAGAAGAGUUUCAUGUCCAGCAAGCACAUAUUCUGUAUUUUCAAUACAGAGUCAAGGAAUGUGUACAAGGACAAUCGCACCCUGGAGUUGGCCUGCGACUCUCAGGAUGAUGUGGACAGCUGGAAAUCUUCUCUUCUACGUGCCGGGGUCUAUCCUGAGAAAGUCAUGGCGGUUGAGAGUGAGACCACCACCGCCACAGAGAACUUCUCCAUGGACCCUCAGCUGGAGCGUAAAGUGGAAACCAUCCGUAACCUGGUGGACUCCUACAUGGCUAUUGUCAACAAGUGCAUCCGGGACCUCAUGCCCAAGACCAUAAUGCAUCUCAUGAUCAACAAUGUGAAAGACUUCAUCAAUGCAGAGCUGUUGGCCCAGCUGUACUCCGCAGGUGACCAGAAUGCCCUGAUGGACGAGUCCCAGGAGCAGGCCCAGAGGAGGGAUGAGGUGCUGCGGACCCACCAGGCCCUGACAGAGGCCCUGGCCAUCAUCGGUGAUAUCUCCACCUCCACCAUCACUGUCCCCAUGCCUCCGCCUGUUGACAACUCUUGGGUGGGAGGACCUGGUAGUCGCAGGUCUCCUCCAUCCAGCCCCACUGCCCCAAGGAGGAUGUCUUCAGGCCAGCGCCCGGCUCCUAGAGGGGCCCCGCCACCACCAAACCGCCCAGGACCCCUGGGGCCCUUCAAUAACAUUGCUGACAGCCCUCAGGCUCCCAGUCGCCCUAACAGGGCCCCUCCUAGCAUCCCCAGCCGGCGGCCCCCGCCAUCUCCUACAAGACAAGCUCCACCAUAAACAUCUAAAUGGGCUUCUCAUCCACUUAUCUCCCUCCCUCACCCACUCCAUCCCUCCUCUUUUAGCCAUGGCUCUGCCAUCCUGUUCUCUCCUUAGUGCAGACACAGAAGUCUUUGACCCCUCGACCCUCAAUUUCCUGCCAGGUGACGAUGCCCAUAUAUCUAUGUACAGUAUGGUACUUGUCUUGUGGUGUAUGUGUAUGUGCGGUUGUUGCUCGCCUGUGGUCCGAGUUUGCUUAGCAGAUCCACUACCCAGUAUCAGUCCCUGGAACCUCCCCCUCACAAACCCCUCACCAAGUCAGCCACUACCCCCACUUGCUGCUUCUACAUGAGAAUAUGCUUAGCAGUCAUACUGCCCUACUCAUUCCAAAAUGCAGCAUGGCACAUAAGCUGCUUUUAUUGCAUGGGAGUGUGUGGAUGUAGAGUGUGUGUUUUGUGUGUAUGUAUACACAGGGGAGGGACUAAUUUGCCUAUAUGUAGGCUGGGUUUGAUUUAGUAUUGUGUACAUUUAUUGUAUAAUGCCCCGUUAAGUGUUAAUUAUCAGCUGAACGUUCUCUUAGGAACAGAAGUUGUAUCUUAGUUUGUGUGUGUGUGUGUGUGUGUGUGUGUGUGUG